AUGGGCGGAUUGCUGUUGACCGGCUAUCCCAGGCUUGCCCAGGGAAUCACAGGACAAACUGCACUGUGGAUCGUGGAGCCUUUCAUGCGACUCAUCACGCGGCAAAACAAAUAUCCUCUGGGCAUCGGCUAUAGCCUACCUUGCCUAGUCACAGCCGCCGUUUUGCCCUUCGGCUUUUGA